CCAAAACCAUGGACAUCGCCUCCAUCUCCGCCCAACUCUCAACACCACCCACAGCAUUCCCAGACUGCUGUCUGGAUAUCUCCAGCACUCUGACCGCCUAUCUAGCAGGGCUUCUUCCAGCGAAACCGGCCUUUACUAUCUCCGUGGGCUGUGGUUCCGGUCUCCUAGAGGCUCUAAUCGCAUAUCGUCACCCCAACACGCAGAUCAUUGGCGUUGAAGUGGCUUUAUCCGUCAAUCGCUAUCUGCCCGAACAAGAUAUUGAUGUUGUCGGCGGAACAUGGGAUUUGCAUUCUCGCGCCGCGGAAGCCACAGCGUGGAUGUUUGUAUACCCUCGGGAACCGAAGCUGGUCUCUAAGUAUCUUGAUACCUAUGGUGAUGGGUCGGUUCGUUUGAUUGUGUGGUUGGGGCCGCGUGCGGACUGGGCGGACUAUGAGCCGUGUUUUCGGGGUUCGUCGUUUUCGGUGUAUUUUCCGGAUGAGGAGGAGGUUGGGUUGAUGGGGUAUGAAAUGUUGGCUGUUAUGAGGCGGGAUUGAUGGCUAUGGUCAGGGAUAGCUGAUUGAUAGGUUUGUCGGAGAGCAUGUGAUUGGGAGCAAGUAUGCGAGGCCCAUAGCAGGCAGUAUGCCCUCAGUAGUGUGCUUGGGAUCUCCAGGCCAGAUCGGAGUCAGUAAUGGCGCUUGACAUUCACUAUCUGUGAUGGCAUGACUGGUUAUACCAUUAGGCCAUUGAUAUCCACUGCCUCCUAGUCUGUUAUCCGAUUUUGGGUAGAGAAGAAGAGCUGAGCAGAAAACCAACCCAGCUGGAUAAAAGAGAGGAUCAGCUCCUUGACUGCGUGUCAAAGAGAGGAGCCUGGGAU